AUGAUUAUACGCGUCAAAGUCCCCUCACUGCCACCAUCACAACAGCCGGUUUGGUGCAGAGGAGUGAUGCAGAGAACACGGUCAAACGAAACAUCUUCGCCGAGCUCGUCCAGUAAGAAAGGCCGCGGUGUUCGAUCUCGUAAAUCAACUCCAGUCAGUACAGACGCUAAACCUGGCCCCGUACCGCGACCCCGGGCGCAGAAGCACCGGUUAAGUAACACGUCUACUCCAGCGCCUGAACAGCCAUCUGCGAAGCGACCGAAAUCACUGCAACAGCCGUCGUCGUCUGGCGUUCGAUCCGUAGACGUGAUCGAUCUCAUCAGCGACGAAGACGGCGAAGAAACACCACCAUCGAUCCCAUCCACUUUAAAGACAACACAGAAGGAUAAAACGUCAUCAAUCAAGCACCAUAAGAAGCAGAAAGCAACUGCAUCGAAGCAUCAAAAUCAACAAGAGCAGCAGCCUGCCAUACAAUAUCAACUAGUACCUAAUGCAACUCCAAUUCGACCCAAUCCGUCUGUGCAGCACCCGCAGAUAAGGACACCAACACCUAAUCCACUCCCUGAAACGCGCCUCAGUCUGCCUUUCACAUUGAAGCAGAGAUCCGGGUAUGUGUAUGAUGCGAUGAUGGUAGCACAUGCAACUCAAUACGAUAAUGAGCACGAUCAGACUGAAGUGCCUGAACGCAUCACUUUCAUUUUCACCACUCUCGCUAAAGCUCGCUGCAUCAAGCUGAUGAAACCUAUACGGUGCAGACGCGCACUGAAAAAGGAGCUCAUGUUAGUGCACAGUCAGAGACAUAUCAAUGAUGUCAACGCUUUGCAAUUUAUCCCAGAAAUCACCUUAUAUGGACUUAGAGGGGUUUACGAUAAAGAGAGCAGCAUAUUUGUUAAUCCAUUUACAUCAGACUGCGCCCUACUCGCUGCUGGUAGUCUCAUCGAGUUGACUAAGGCUGUCCUCGAUGGUCUCAUUCAGAACGGCUUCGCUAUCGUCAGACCUCCAGGUCAUCACGCAGAGCCCGAGCACGCUAUGGGUUUUAGCUUUUACAAUAAUGCUGCAGUUGCUGCGCGCUGGGCUAUCACAUCUUACAAUACCAUUAGAAAAGUAUUGAUAUUAGAUUGGGAUGUACAUCACGGCAACGGCACACAGAGAACAUUCUGGGAUGAUCCCAACGUUCUCUAUAUCUCCAUACACAGACACGAAGACGGCAACUUUUUUCCUCCUGGCUCCUACGGUGACUUUAAGAGCGUUGGAGGGCCGAAUGCCAAGGGCUAUAACGUCAACAUUGGCUGGUCGUCUAAAGGAAUGGGCGACGCGGAGUAUCUCGAUGCAUUCAAUAGAGUGGUGAUGCCAAUCGCUUCUGAAUUUAAUCCCGACUUGGUCAUCGUGUCGGCGGGAUACGAUGCCGCGGCUGGCGAUCCUCUGGGCGAGAACGAAGUCUCGCCUACUGGGUACGCGCAAAUGACGAAGAUGUUGCAAAAUUUGGCUGGUGGUAGAGUGAUUGUGUCGCUCGAAGGUGGCUACAAUCUCAACGCUAUUGCUGAAUCAGCUCUUGCGACAGUCAAAACACUCCUUGGUCAGCCGCCUAGCAUACAUCUGAGGAAGCAGAUACCAGAAACAAGCGCAGUCAAUAAGGUGUCUCAGGUUCUGGCUCUCCACUCCAAUUACUGGCCAUCAUUGCGGAAGAGUGGCAUGCCAUUACUUGGUCAAUCGCUGCAGAAUAUCAAGCAGAAUACAUCUAGAUGGUAUUCAUUGGGACAACUGCUCAAAGAUCGCUACUUCUCUCGUAUGCUGCAUAGUCAUCCUGAUUGCAAGCUGCUCUCAAUGCCGUCGAUAUUCACGCCUGAGCCAUUUGACUGCCAGGUCAUGGCUGACACGAGCAUACUCAAGUCGAACGUAAUCCUUGUCUUUGUGCAUGAUAUUGGUAACCUUUACAAUGAAUCAUUGCAGGGGCGUGUAAGUAAUGUGGGACAGCUCGAAGAGAUUUUGUUCCAAAACGGUUGCAGUCUACACAAAUGGGCACAUGAGAAUAAUGCAGCGCGUCUCGAAGUCAGCGUUCACAGAGACUUUGAAAAGGAAUUUCUGCCGAACAUCGACACUAAGAUCGACGAAACACCAUUACAGCUCGAUCUGAUGAUGGACGAUUUGUGGGUCAAUACUCUGAGCCGGAGUGCUGCUUCUACAAUCAUCUUUGUUGGCUAUAAUGAUGGUUGCAAAGCGAUCCAGAGGCUUGCAGAAAAACAUGCGAAUUUUAUGUCUAAGUUUGGUGGUGGUGUUCAAAUACUUGGACCAAACUAUAUACCCGACCCUCCCAAAGCCAUGCGACAGUGGUAUUUAAGCAAAAAUUUUAUGCUCAUUCCAUCUAGCCAUCAACACCUUACUUCUACAAAUACUGAAGAGACGGAAAACUACAAGAUUUCAAACGAGCGCCUUCCUGCGCAAAUGCUGGCCAAGGAAAUGGUGCGCGUCAAGUCUUACCUUCUAGAUAGAAUAUGGAGUACGCGAUAA